AGUUCCAGUGCACUUGAUCCAAAAGAAAGCCCUGAAUCGGACAGUGGCAGUGCAACGACAUCAUCCGACGAUAUAAAGCCAAGAUCGGAAGACUAUGAUGCAGGAGGAUCUCAGGAUGACGAAGCAAAUGAAAGAGGGAUUUCAAAGUGCAGCACUAUGAUAUGCCAUGAUUUCCUUGGCAGAAGCAGCAGUGAUACAAGUACACCCGAAGAACUCAAAAUCUAUGACACAAGUCUGAGGAUAGAAGUGAAAAUGAAAAAGGAAAACUCUGAUCUCUUCCGUGUUAUUUCAACAAGUGAUGAUGAGAUCCCAAAAAGGCCUGAAGCGUGGCUGCACCAAGGUGAUGAGAAAAGGGGUGGUUCCAGAGGGAAUAAUGCUAAUUUUGCCGCUGCACAGUUUCCUCAAGAAGCUGAUCAGGUCUCCUCUUCGGCUGAUGAAACAGAAGAUGAAAAGUCUGAAACUGAAAAUGUCGUAGAAAACCUGCCUCCACCAGAAAUCCCUGUUCAGCAGUUCCAUGGAAUUGUGAAUCUUGCAUUUGAAGAUGCAGCAGAAAAUGAUACUGAAAGUCAAGAAUUCCCUGCCACCAAAAACUUUAAGCGUUCAGUAUUGCUUUCAGUGGAUGAAUGUGAAGAAUUGGGAUCUGACGAUGAUGGUGGAGAGGUCCACACUUCCCUCCAACGUUCUCUGGAUGCUGCAACGCCUUCUGAUGUGUUUGAUGGCACUUCCCAUGAGGGUCAUGGCAAGACAUUUUAUUCAAGAUACUCCUUGGAGAUUGAAGACGGAUUCCUGGAGUGUAAGGAGAAUGAUAAGGAAAGGUUAGAGAAAAGUGAGAAUGCUUCUGUAGACCCUUGUGGCAAUGAGCAAAAACCCAAGGAGAAGAGUACUCCAGUUAUGGAACAGAAGCCUGCUGAGAAAGAUUUGAUUGUGAGACAUAGUCCGUCUCCUGCAGAAGUUAAGGAAAAUGCCAAGAGUGAAGAGAACAAUGAAUUCCAGUGUAAUAAAGUCUCAGACAACGACACAAAAUCUCAAGGAAGACCAUGUCACCUGGAUCUUCAUCAAAGAGAUAAUGCUGAGUUACAAAAGAACAAUUCUGCAAAACCUGUAGACCCAAAUAGGAGUCAUAUACUGAUUCAGGAAGGCCACGUGAAAGAGAUUGAUUCAGCAUCUACUGAAUACGCUAACUCUGCUUUAUCCGCAGGAGACAUAGAUGAUUGUGACAGAUUGACACAAACCUGCAUGUAUGAGCAUCGGCCUCCAAAAACCCUUUCUCCAAUUUACGAGAUGGAUGUUGGAGAAGCUUUUGAGCAGAGGAUGGAGUCGGAACUGAACAUUCUAGAUGUGGAUUUUGAAGAUCAGCCGUUUGCAGAACAGGACUGGACUCUUCUCAGGCAACUGUUAUCUGACCAGGAGUCAAACUUAGACAUCAAAAACUCUGUUCCUGAAGACCUUAACUUAGCACAAUAUCUCAUCAACCAGACACUUUUUCUGGCACGAGACAGUUCACAACCUCAGGGUAAAGCACAGAUUGACACUUUCAGUAGGUGGACUGAACUGAUAUCUCCACUGGAUGAUUCUUCAGCAAGCAUCACAGUGGCAAGUUUUUCCUCUGAAGAUUGUUCUUCCCCUCAAGGGGAAUGGACAAUUCUUGAACUAGAAACCCAUCAUUGAAGUGAUCAAGUGUUUUGAGACAGGACUCCUCCCCUCUUCUUUUCCCUGUACCUCUGCAAGUAAAUAGGUGAUGCAAUAUUUCUAUACAAUAAUAAAUACUGCAUCCGUCAAGAAGAAUCAGUCCUUGAUAUUGAAAUGAUCCUUUCUUUAAGUGGUCCAUUUCUAAUUUAAGAUUUAAACACAGGUAAAAUAAACUUUUGAGAUUUAAGAUGGAUGUUUUCUAAAAACUAUUUUCAAGCAUGUCUUCUUUUCUUUCUCUUCCUAGACUUAGAUGCCCUGUAAGAAAAUGCUUUGACUUACUCUCUCCUUUUUUCAUUCAUCACUUACUCAUACAUUUCCUAAAUGCUCAAUGAAUUAAAAUAUGAAUGCAGAA